ACCCCUCAAAUUAUUCUCAGCUGUAAAAGACGCUUUCUUGGCAAGUAUUUCAAAGGAAGAGUGCUAUAGCUGCACUAAUGGUCCUGAAGAUGCUGUAACCCAGAGGACCUGGGGCUGGAUGCGGCUCCGAACCCCGCGCGGUGUGUGAGGUGUGUGGUUUGAGGGGACCCCGCAGGGCGCAGCCUCUCCCCGCUGCUGCCCGUGAGGGGAGCGCCAUCCCCGCGGCCAGGUCUUCCUGCAAGCUGUUUUUCUCUAAUGAUCCGGUGAAGAUUGUGAAGGCAAAAGGCCAAUAUAUGUAUGAUGAGCAUGGAAGACAAUACCUUGACUGCAUAAACAACGUUGCUCACGUUGGGCACUGUCACCCUGAUAUAGUUAAAGCAGCCCAUGAACAGAAUCAGUUGUUAAAUACAAAUUCUCGUUAUCUUCAUGACAACUUGGUUGAUUAUGCAGAGAGACUUUCAAAAACGCUACCUGAGAAAUUAUGCAUCUUCUAUUUUUUGAAUUCUGGAUCUGAAGCUAAUGAUCUUGCCCUGAGGUUGGCACGACAGUACACAAAACAUGAGGAUGUCAUCGUGUUAGAUCAUUCUGCCAAUUGUUUUUUAAGUGCUUACCAUGGACAUCUGACAUCUUUGAUUGACAUAAGCCCAUAUAAAUUCAGAAAUCUAGAAGGACAAAAGGAAUGGGUCCACGUGGCUCCUGUUCCAGACACAUACAGAGGACUUUACAGAGAAGACCACAAAGAUUCAGUGACAGCCUAUGCUGAUGAAGUGAAAAAUAUUAUUGAGCAUGCACAUAAGAGAGGCAGAAAGAUUGCUGCAUUUUUUGUUGAAUCUCUACCAAGCGUGGGAGGUCAAAUCAUUCCACCAGCAGGUUAUUUUCAAAAGGUUGCACAGUAUGUGCAUAAGGCAGGAGGUGUAUUUAUUGCUGAUGAAAUUCAGGUUGGCUUUGGCAGAGUUGGGAAGCAUUUCUGGGCAUUCCAGCUUCAAGGAGAAGACUUUAUACCUGACAUUGUCACUAUGGGGAAACCAAUAGGAAAUGGGCACCCUCUUGCCUGUGUAGCAACAACAAAGGAAAUUGCAGAAGCAUUUGCAGCCACAGGAGUGGAGUAUUUUAAUACAUUUGGUGGAAACCCUGUUUCCUGUGCCAUUGGAUUAGCUGUGCUAGAUGUGAUUGAGAAGGAACACCUUCAGGCUCACGCCACAGAGGUAGGCAACUUCUUGAUGAAGCUACUCAAGGAGCAGCAACUCAAGCAUCCCAUCAUUGGUGAUGUCAGGGGUUGUGGCUUAUUCAUUGGAGUGGACUUAAUCAAGGACCAAGCAGAAAGGACCCCAGCCCCAGCAGAAGCAGAGUAUCUGAUAACAAGACUUAAGGAAGAAUAUAUUCUACUGAGUACAGAUGGGCCAGGAAGAAAUGUGCUGAAAUUCAAGCCCCCAAUGUGCUUCAAUAUGGAGGAUGCAAAAUUUGUUGUGGAAACAAUGGACAAGAUACUAACAGAUAUGGAAAAAGGAUGUCUGAACCAACAGAAAACAUCUGCUUGUUCUACUUGAGCAGGUUUCAAACAAUGUUCAAGAUCUACUACUAAGAAACAUUAUUCUACUAUAAUAAUGCACAUUUAAUCUUCAUCCUAGCAUGUCUUAGAUCAGAUAAGUCACCUUUGAUUUUGUUAUUUUCAGUUAUCUUGUUUUUAGUAAAAUCUUCAGGAGAAAUAAAUUUUACAAGAGCUUGUCUCA